AUGGUUCUGCUUCUCCAUUUUCUCGUGGCAGGCGUCUCGCUAUGCGCAGGGCUUGCAGGGGCCGCUGCUCCCCCCGAGAUGAACAAGUACCCUCGAUCCAAUAAUGCCAAUAUUUACGCUCACGAUCCAAAUAUUAUCAAAGACGACAUGGGCCAUCUGCUGGAAGGUGACAGCAUCAUCCCCAACAAGAAAAAUGCAACCAGGCCAUGGGCCCCUAGCGUGAUUAAAAGGGGCGACACACUUUACUGCUACUACACACUCAGCGGCAGAGGGAAACGGGACAGCGCUAUUGGUGUUGCAACCACCAAGAAGUUGGCAAGGGGCGCUUACUGGAAAGACCAUGGCGCUCUUAUCCAGACGGAAACAGGAGAAGGGUUCGACGUGUUUCCAUUCACUACCUCCAACGCCAUUGAUGCGAGCGUGUCCAUUGACGGCGGCAAAGCCUAUUUGAACUAUGGCAGUUUCUUCUCGGGUAUCUGGCAGGUUCCGCUGGGUAAGGACCUUAAGUGUUUACCGAAUUCUAGGAAACUAAAUGCCGUGCAGCUUGCGCGUAAACGCCAGAAGCGCAAUGAUAUUGAAGGCUCCUUCAUGAGUUUCCAUGGUGGUUGGUAUUAUCUCUGGUUCAGCCGUGGGAUAGAGGCAAAAACAGUCCCAGCUGAAAAUAAACUGAAAGCUAGAUAUUCCAUCCGUGGAGGCGGCCACAAGGUUUAUGCCUCCAAUUAUGACAACACCGUCUUUGCACCAGGUGGUCUAGGCGUACUGACGGGAAUGAAUGGAACUCCUGAUAUCUUGUACUAUCACUACUUCAACGCGAAGGUCAGCUUGAAGCAUGAGAAGGCCCGAGUGGGUUACAACACGCUCAAAUACGUCAAUGGAUGGCCUGUGGUUCAAGCGCCGAAGAAAUAGGUUAGUUGGGGUUUAUCUUCAUUCUAUCGAACUGCGAAUUACAGUAUCUAACAGAGUUUGUUCUCUGCUCUGGAUGAUCCUCUUGCUCUUCUUGUGGACUUUGUGAGGUGAUGGAAUGGAUAAUACCUCCGAUGAUAGCAAGGAUGGGGAUAACUUGGUUGGAACAGGCAUUUAUUUUCUUUUGAGUACCAUGGGCUUGGUUUUCAUGUACGUAUUCUCAUGGGCUUCCAUGUAACUGUAAAGCACUGAGAUUAUAUAUUUGUCUCGAGUCGAUAUCUUUUUAUUGUGACUGCAGAUUCCGGUUUGAUUC